AUGAACGCGGAGGAGCAGUAUUACGCCUCGGCGCAGCUCUACAAGGAGUCGUGUGCGUUUCAGAGAGCCCAGGCGCAGGAUUUCAACCCCAGCCCCCCCGCCUGCCUGUACAUGGGCAGGCAGCAGGCUCCUUACCCCAGCGCCUUAGGGGCUCUCGAGCAAGGCAGCCCGCCAGACGUUUCACCUUACGAGGUGCCCCCCAUCACAGAAGAUGCCGGGGUCUCCCACCUUCAUCACCAUCACCACCACCCCCCUCAUCUUCCUCCUCCCCACCAGGACGCGCUGCCUUUCGCGGACGGGGCGGACACGGGGCCGAUAGAGGAGCCCCGAGUGCAGGUGCCUUUCGCCUGGAUGAAGUCCACCAAAUCGCACGCCUGGAGGGGACAGUGGACCGGGGGAUCCUACGUGGUGGAGCCGGAGGAGAACAAGCGGACGAGGACGGCGUACACCCGGGCGCAGCUGCUGGAGCUGGAGAAGGAGUUUCUCUUCAACAAGUACAUCUCCAGGCCGCGGCGGGUGGAGCUGGCUGUCAUGUUGAACUUGACCGAGAGGCACAUCAAGAUCUGGUUCCAGAACCGGCGGAUGAAGUGGAAGAAAGAAGAGGACAAAAAGCGAGGCGCGGGCAACAGCAAUGACCUCGAGCAAGACUGUGUGGUGUCCUCCGGGGAGCUCCGAGGUAAGGAGGAUCUGCAGCCGUGCCCCCCCGGGAACCUGCCCUCGGGGGCCUCCAGGGACCUGCUGCCCCCCAGCCUCCCCCCCAGAAGGCAGCAGGACUCUCGGUGA